AUGUACAACCAGUGGAAGACAAAGGAGGAGAGGCACAUUGCCGGGUUCCUUUUUUUCCACUUUUCUUUUUUUAACAAACGUUGCGUAUACUAUGGCGACAAGGGGGGUAUGGACGAUCAGGGGGGAAGCGAUCUGGGGGAGCCGUGCCCGAUCAGUUGCCGCCGCGAUAAUCGUGAUGACCGCGAUUAUGGAAGUAGCUGGUUUUUCAACUCUUUCGACUAUGUAGGGGAGGUGGAUGGCGCGCCGGGGGAGGGAACCAGUUCAGUCGUGCGGGACUUCCUGAAAAGAGUGAAGAGGCCUCUCAGGGGGGAAAAGGUGACACUACAAGAGAACGAAAUCUUGGAUGUGGGAUCAGUCGAGGAGAAACCCACGGGGAAGGAAAAAAAGCGAAACGACAUAUUCGAGCAUAUGAAUAGGUAUGCAAGUCGCAUCAGCAAGAACAUCCACCUGGCGAACAGAAGCAGAUACGAUGAUUACCCGUUUGACUUUUCCCCCCAGAAAGGGGAGGGCGCAUGGCAUGGUACAGCCGACGCAGCUCCAGCGAUGGAAGAAAUAAAAACGAUAAACACCAUUUUGAACAUACCAGUGAUUAAGCUAAAUGAGGCGGAGAAAAGGUGCCUGUGGAAGUUCCGCCUGCAGCUAGUUAACAGGGAAGAAGCUUUGGGGAAGUUUGUCAAGAGCGUCAAUUGGGACAAUCAGCAAGAGAAGGAUGAAGCCACGGAGUUACUAAACUAUUGGUCCAAGCCAUCUUUGGAAAACUGCCUUGAGUUGUUGAACACCCACCUACAGCGCACAGUAAUUAAGAAAUACGUGAUGCAGAUAAUUGCACAGGCGAAAAAGGAUCAACUGAAAUUGUACCUGUUCCAGCUGGUACAGAGUCUUCGAGUUUUUAACCACCAGCCAAUUGAUGAUCUGUUUAUUGACACCUUAAUUAACAAGUGCAUUACGUCGAAGAAGCUGUCCAUUUUUCUCCACUGGUUUUUGUUAAGCGAGACCAAGGACAAGUGCAAAGGAAACCUCUACAUACACAUUCAUAAGCUGUUCAUUACCAAGUUAAUGACGUCUAACUUGAGGAAGAAGAGAAAGAUUCUGUCUAUUCUGAAAAACCAAAACCGAUUUAGGAACCAAUUGCUGUACCUCACGAAAAUUGCAAAGAGCAAAUCCGACCGGAUCUAUAACAAAACGAAGAAGCUCAGGCAGUUCCUCUUUUGCUACCGACAAAACUACGGCUGCGUUGUGAUUAAAGACUUCAUAAAGAAUAACAUCUUCGUGUCGGACAAUGAGGUGUAUGACUUUAUCUCUCCCCGGGGUGUACCCCAGGGGGCAGCCACGGAAGGAGUACAAGUGAAAGAAUCGGUAACAGAAAGAGAAACAGAAGAAGACCACGUUGCGACGCAACAUGUGAACGAGGAAGACGCGAAAAAUGACGCCGCCGCUGAUGCCGACUCCGAUUCAGUGCACCACCAGAGCGAUGUGUGCAACUCCGUGUACUACCUAAACGGCGAGCUCAGCAUCCAUGCCGACCCGGAGGCAGACGCAUACUGCUUCCAGUACGAUCCCGGGGGUGCACAAACCACGGAAGAGGCACUUCCCCCCGCGCACAGAUCAACCUCGGAUGUCAGCACAGAGGACAGAAAAACAGUCAACUACAUAGACGACUCCAAAGGGGCCCCUAUCGAGAGAAACAAAGAUACCUCCUUCUUCUCCAACCUCCUGCAGCUAAAUGACAACUUUGACUUCUUCCUGAGCGCAACGUACAGCGACGAGGACAAUAAUAUCGACAUUCUGGAUGAUUCCAUAAGUCUCGUCAGGAAGCAGAAGAUAAAGAGAAUCAGAGCUCCGCUAAUUUUACCCAUCGAUCCAGACAUAGAAUUCUUGAGCUUCCUACCUGAACAGUCAUACGUUUUGCGAUCCUCUCUCUACCCAAUUGUAAUAGCUUGCCUGGUCAGAAAAAAAAUAAAAUUGGCACAUGAGCAUUUCCACAAUUUGAUAAUAAAUGAGCAAAAAUAUUUGAAAAAAAAUGUCAAGAAAAAAAAAAACUAUUCCAUGUAUUAUUCGUUCAAUUCUAAGUUUUUAAAAUCUCUGUAUAGCUCCUUUGACUGUGCGUCUGAUUUUGAGCGUCAUUACAGAAAAGUGAAGUGGAAAGGCAAGAACAUUUUUUAUAAUGGCAGGAAGGUGGAGAAAGUGGGGUUCCAAAAAUGGGUCCCCCGUAAUGGUGAAGAGUCUCCAAGGGCAGAGUCCCCAAUUUCGGGACCCCCCAACGCAGGAGUGGUGAUCCACCACAAGACGGAAAGUACCUCACACAGUAAACAGCGCGUAAAGAAAUACAACGAAAUUUACGAACUCUCCAUUAAAAAAUACAUUUACAAAGCGGGAGAUGACUUGAGACAAGACCAUCUGGUCAUACAGAUAAUAUGCAUCAUUGACAACAUAUGGAAACGAUAUGGACUGGAUUUGAAGUUAACUCUUUACAAAGUUCUUGCCCUCUCCACAGAUGAUGGUUUUAUCGAGUUUGUUAACUACGCAGAAUCUAUAUCUUCUAUUAAAAAGAAUUAUAAAGGAGAAAUUAGACAAUACUUUAUGGAGAAUGCCACCGAUCCGAAGUCUCCCCUCGGAUUUGAUGCCACCAUUUUGGAAAACUUCAUCUCCAGUUGUGCAGGAUAUAGUGUUAUCACUUACUUACUUGGAAUAGGAGAUCGACAUUUAGACAACCUCAUGGUUUCACGAGAUGGAUGCUUCUUCCACAUUGACUUUGGGUACAUAUUCGGGGAAGACCCCAAGCCGUUUUCUCCACCCAUGAAAUUGUGCAAAGAAAUGAUCGAGGCCAUGGGUGGAGCACAUAGUGUCGGUUAUGAACAGUUUUUGAAAAAGUGCUGUCUGGCAUAUAAGUACCUGCGCUACCACUCCAAGUUAAUCAUUAGCCUGCUAGACUGCAUGUGCGAAUCCGGAUUGAAGGACAUGAAAAUGAGCCCCGAGUUGUGCGUGCUCAAGGUUCAGGAAAAGUUCAGACUGGAUUUAAACGACGAGGCCGCGGAGGUCUACUUCCUAAGUGUCAUCAACACCUCCGUUAAGACGCUUUUCCCCGUCGUGGUGGACAAGCUACACGAGUGGGCCCUCAACUGGAAGUGA